AUGAAGGAGGAAAACCUUUCCCCGGAGUCCCCCGAGGGCAGCGCGGCCACCAGCGAGGACGAGGCCGAGCGGCUGCCCAGGAAGAGCGGCCGCAAGCGCGGGCAGGGCCCCGGCGGAGCCCCCGAGGCCCAGGGCAAGCGCAGCCGGCGCAGCCCGGCCCCGCAGCCCCCCGAGGACGCCCACGCCCAGCGCGUCAUCGCCAACGUGCGGGAGCGCCAGCGCACCCAGUCCCUCAACGACGCCUUCGCCGAGCUGCGCAAGAUCAUCCCCACGCUGCCCUCGGACAAGCUCAGCAAGAUCCAGACGCUCAAGUUGGCCGCUCGCUACAUCGACUUCCUGUGCCAGGUGCUGCAGAGCGACGAGCUGGACCACAAGGUCGCCACCAGCUGCAACUUCCUGGCCCACGAGAGGCUCAGCUACGCCUUCUCCGUGUGGAGGAUGGAGGGCGCCUGGUCCAUGUCGGCGUCGCACUGAGCCGGGUCUCCGCCUCGAUGGAAGCAGCUCCAGCACCCAAAACCCCACAGGAACCUCCCUGGAGAGAGGAGGGAAGGACCCCAAACCCCCGACAGCCCCGGGGACCCCAAAAACUUUAGGGAUGAGCCCGAGGGAGCUGCAGCAGGAGCUGCUUUGAGUCGGUUCGGACGCUGCUGGAGGAACUCGGGGCUGUGAUUUAUUGUGGGCUCGCAGGUAAGGAACCAUCCCCAGACCCCAAUUUCCUCCUGUGGGACUGCCAGAGAGCUGAGCCCUUCCCAGAGCAGGACAAUUCCUCCAGGAUGAGGGGAAGGGGAAGGGCUGGAGCCCCCCAAGGACCUCGGGGGUGCCCCCGCUUUCAUUCUGCUCUGAAGGCUCCGCGCCGGGACGAUCCCAUGGAUUGUGUUGAGUUCCCAUGGAUUGUGUUGUGUUCCCAUGGAUUGUGAUCCCAUGGAUUGUGUUGAUCCAGGGGGAUUUGGGGGCUGCUGAACCCCCCAGCCACUCC